AUGCCUCCCAAGACCGCCGCCGCGAAGAAGUCUGGCCACGCCAGCUACCAGGACAUGAUCACUGAUGCCAUUGUCAACCUCAAGGACCGAAAGGGCUCCAGCCGUCAGUCCCUGAAGAAGUAUGUCAAGGCAAACAACACUCUCAAUGUCACGGACAACAUGUUCGACUCGCUCUUCAACAAGGCCCUGAAGGCUGGCGUUGACAAGGGUAUCUUCGAGCAGCCCAAGGGUCCUUCUGGUGGCACCAAGCUCGCCAAGAAGCAGCCCGAGCCUAAGAAGGAGAAGAAGCCUGCCCCUGCUCCCAAGAAGGAGGCUGCCGAGAAGGCUCCCGCCAAGAAGCCCGCCGCUAAGAAGGCCGCUGCCCCCAAGAAGGCUGCCACUGAGAAGAAGCCUGCUGCCGAGAAGAAGGCUGCCGCUGAAAAGCCCGCUCCUGCAAAGAAGGCUGCUCCUAAGAAGGCUGCCGCCGCUGCCACUGAGAAGAAGGCUCCCGCUGAGAAGAAGGCCGCCGCCCCCAAGAAGGCUGCUGCUCCCAAGAAGGCCGAGAAGGCUGAGAAGGCCGCCGAUGCCCCUCUCACCAAGACCAAGACUGGUCGCGUCACAAAGCCUGCCAAGGCCGCCCCCACAAAGAAGGCUGCCGUGUCGAAGAGAGCAGCAGCGCCCAAGAAGGCUGCUGCCUCCAAGGCGUAGAAGCAUGCCUCUGGCACCAUUGAUCUUUGUUAAUGACGGCCAUGGCGUUCACGGUUUUGUUUAUGGUUCGGACACGGAGAGUAAGGGCACUGGGUUUCUACUGGGUUUUGAACGAGAGCGCGGGUCUGUUGAUUGUUUGAUUGCACGCGUGCACAGAGACACCAUUCACAUCCUCGGUCGUCUUCGUGCAAGGAGCGAAUGA